AUGGCCGAUAAACAGCCUUGGCGAAAAGAAGACGAAGAUGAGGAGGAGCAAGAACUCGAUGAGAACAGCUACAAGGCACAGAAAGAUGCCAUCUUGCUUGCAAUCGAUGUCAGCAAAUCUAUGUUAGAGCCACCGCCGCCUUCGGAUUCCAAAAAGGCAGAUCGCGACAGCCCUGUCCAGGCGGCCUUAAAAUGCGCCUAUCAUCUCAUGGAGCAACGCAUCAUUUCUAACCCCAAGGACAUGAUGGGCAUUCUUCUUUUUGGAACGAAGAAACCAAAAUUCCACGAUUCUGUAGAUGGUCGAAAUGGUUUAGGCUACCCUCAUUGCUAUCUAUUCACUGAUCUCGACGUGCCCGCUGCAGAAGAUAUUCAAGCCCUCAAAACCCUCGUCGAAUAUGGCGAGGAUGAAGAUGAGGUACUGACACCUUCGGAUGAGCCUGUCAGCAUGUCGAAUGUGCUAUUCUGCGCGAAUCAGAUCUUCACAACAAAGGCUGCGAACUUUGGCAGUCGUCGUUUGUUUAUAGUAACUGACAACGACAAUCCCCACGCAUCUGACAAACAGGCCAAGUCCGCUGCAGCGGUACGAGCCAAGGAUCUGUACGACCUUGGGAUCCUGAUAGAUCUAUUCCCUAUCACUCGUGGAGACGAGAAAUUCGACAUCCACAAGUUUUAUGAUGAUGUUAUCUAUCGUGACCCUGUUGGAGAGGCGAACAUGACAGAAGUCCGAACAUCGAAAUAUGGAGACGGAUUAACCUUGCUCAACUCGCUCAUCUCAAAUGUCAAUUCCAAACAAACUGCAAAGAGAGCCCUGUUCUCAAAUUUGCCAUUCGAGAUUGCUCCUGGGCUACGCAUCUCAGUGAAAGGAUAUAACAUUGUUCAUCGUCAGACACCAGCACGCACUUGCUACAUUUGGUUGGAUGGUGAAAAGCCGCAAAUUGCAACAAGUGAAACUACGCGAAUUGCGGAGGAUAGCGCCAGGACCGUUGAAAAAGCAGAGAUAAAGAAGGCGUACAAGUUUGGCGGCGAGUACGUCUACUUCUCCCCUGACGAACAGAAGUCACUGAAGGAUUUCGGAUCACCCAUCAUUCGUAUCAUCGGCUUCAAACCGCGCAGUUUGCUUCCCGUAUGGGCAAGCACUAAAAAGUCCACAUUCAUCUUCCCCAGCGAAGAAGAUUAUGUCGGUUCAACCAGAGUUUUCACAGCACUCUGGCAGAAACUUCUCAAGGAUGACAGAAUGGGUGUCGCUUGGUGUAUCACUCGCGCUAAUGCGCAGCCAAUGUUGGCCGCCAUCAUACCGUCUAGAGAGCGGUCUGAUGAAAGCUCGGGAACGCCGUAUCUGCCUGCUGGACUUUGGAUCUAUCCUCUACCCUUCCAAGAUGACCUGAGAAAUAUCAACCCACCAAAUGAAGUGCUGCGAAGUUCUGGAGAGCUUACGACGCAGAUGCGGACUAUCAUCCAGCAACUCCAACUGCCAAAGGCUAUGUACGAUCCAUCGAAAUACCCCAACCCCGCGUUGCAGUGGCACUACAGAAUUCUUCAGGCUCUUGCUUUGGAGGAAGAGGUACCCGAGAAGGCAGACGAUACAACGGAGCCAAAAUACAAAGCGAUCAGUAAACGAGCAGGCGGCUACUUGGAAGAAUGGUCUGAGUCUCUAGAAGAAGAGUCUGGUAAAGUUGCGAACAAGAAAUCGACAAAGCGUGAGACGGACGAUGAAGACAUGGAGAGACCAGUGAAGAAGUCGAGAGGUUCAUCAGAGAAGGCAACUGGUUCUUCAUUCAGUAUGGCUCAAUUGAAGGCCGCAAUCGAAGGUGGGACUAUUCAAAAAAUGACUGUCGUUCAGCUCAAAGAUAUACUAGCUACUAAGGGUUUGAGUACUGCCGGACGCAAGGUUGAGUUGAUCGAGAGAAUCGAGGAAUGGAUAGAGGAAAGCUCAUGA